AUUCGUUCUUCAGUAUGAAGAUAUCAGCAGGAGAAGUUGGUUGGUAUACGACACGAUGAGCGCAGAAAGUCCAGUAGUUCCCACGCAGUAUGGCCCCAUCAGAGGAGUCCGAAAAACAGCCUCGACCGGCGUGGAAUACUGCAGUUUUCAACGGGUACCAUAUGCCAAGCCACCUGUCGGCGAUCUGCGAUUUAAGGAUGCUGAACCACCGACCCCGUGGGUUGAACCGUUGGAUUGCACUGUGCAGGGCCCAGGAGGAUAUCAGUUCAGCAAAUUGCAGAACAAAAUCAUUGGCAGUGAGGAUUGUUUGCACAUGAACAUAUUCACCAAAAAUCUAGAUAAGCAGCAUGGUCAACCCGUGCUGUUGUACAUUCAUGGGGGUGCUUUCAACCGAGGUUCCAGUGGGGUGGAGAUGUAUGGUCCAGAUUAUUUAAUUCAAGCUGAUAUUGUGUUGGUGACCUUCAACUACAGAGUCGGUGCUUUAGGAUUUAUUUCGUUCGACUCGCCUGAUAUUGGUCUACCUGGUAAUGCUGGCUUAAAGGAUCAAAACCUAGCAAUUCGAUGGGUGAUUGAGAACAUUGCCAACUUUGGUGGUGAUCCGAAGAAUAUAACAUUGUUCGGAGAAAGCGCUGGCGGUUGUUCGGUUCAUUAUCACAUGAUUUCUGAUUUAUCGAAAGGGAUGUUCCAGCGAGCGAUUGUUAUGUCAGGCUGUUCGUUGAACAAUUGGUCUAUAGUGCCUAGGAGGCAGUUCAGCGAAAGGCUUGCCAAGGCCGUUGGGUGGGAUGGUCAGGGUGGAGAAAAGGCUGCCCUACAAGCAUUGAUGAAGGCGACUCCGGAAGACAUAGUUUCUAAGCAAUGCGACAUAAGAACGGCAAAUGAAAAAGAGAACGGUAUCAUGUUCGAGUUUGGACCCGUUAUUGAACCAUACAUUAAAAGUAACUGCAUAAUUCCAAAGGAUCCAUUGAAUAUGUGCCGUGAAGCGUGGGGUAAUGACCUCGACAUACUGAUAGGAGGCAAUUCCGAAGAAGGCCUUUUCAGUUUGAGUGAAAUCAAGGAAAAUCCUGCCAUCAUGAAUAAUUUAAAAGAUUUUGAGUAUUUUGUUCCACUCGAACUGGAUUUGGUGAGAACUUCUGCAAAAUGUAAGGAAUUCGGAAUCAGAUUGAAGAAGCAUUACUAUGGAGACACGGCUCCUUCUUUCGAAAAUAGAGAAGGAUAUUUAACUCUAAUGACCGACAAACUUUUCUGGCAUGGAUUACAUCGGACGAUUUACAGUAGAAUCAAUUCCAAAAAAGCAUCCAAGACAUAUGUCUACCACUUUACGGUCGAUUCGGCAACCUAUAAUCACUACAGGAUCUAUUUUUGCGAUAAAAACGUCCGCGGAACAGCGCACGCUGAUGAUCUAUCUUAUAUUUUUAAGAACCUUUUUAGCAAAGUCCCUCCGAAGGAUACGUUUGAGUAUCGCGUAAUGAUGAAUAUGGUUGGUCUAUUUUCACAAUUUGCCUCAAAUAACGGAAAUCCUAACGGCACAGUUACUGAUAUUUGGAAGCCAAUCGGAGAAACAGUAGGUCCAUACAAAUGUUUGAAUAUUACAAACGAAGGAUUGGACUUUAUUGAUUUACCGGAACAGAAACGCAUGGAGCUUUGGGAUUCAAUGUAUACCAAAGAACAACUUUACUAACAAAUUGGGCAAAGACAUAAUAAUAAAAUAAAUACAAUACAAUUGACACAUAUAUUUGUAGUAAAG